CUGUAUAGACCCGUUUGGUCUUUUUUGUCUGUGGAUUUUGCAGUGUUUAGCGUUGUGGGUAUGAUAGAGUGAGCUGUAAAUACUCAUAAGUAAAUAGUUUUGGAGAAGUAGCUGUUGUUGUGUGGUACAUACACCAGUUCUCACGUCCAGUCUUUCCUGAGGUUGAGUGUAUUCCAUGAUAGGUAGUGGUCUUCCAAAAUCUCUUUAUUCAAUCCGUAGACUCCAUGCAAUUGUAGUCGUAGCAGUUAGGGCUACCGGCCACGGCCACCGUGGAUCGGAGCCCUCCGAGAAAACCUCAGGCUACAUACGGCUCACACUCCCCGAGAUCCAGAGAACUGAAAUCAGGAAUAGGAUCUUUACAGGAAGAGAGCAUGGAUUGAAUCAUGGUUUUGAGGUUGAUGAAUCGGAGUAGCAGGCCGCUGAGUUGGUUAAUGGAUUAUCUGACCGGGUGGU